GGAGGCGUCGCUGCUUGGGACUGUGUCCGAAGACACGGGGAAAUAAUAACAAUAAAAGCGUAAAUCUUCAGAAAAUAAGUAUUUUUUGUAUGAAAAAUGCCGAGUAAAAAAAAGAAAUACAACGCCAGAUUUCCUCCGGCAAGAAUAAAGAAAAUCAUGCAGACGGAUGAAGAGAUUGGAAAAGUUGCAGCACCAGUUCCCGUCAUCAUCUCACGGGCCCUCGAACUCUUCCUGGAAUCCCUUCUGACAAAAGCCUGUCAAGUCACGCAGUCACGGAAUGCAAAGACCAUGACGACAUCACAUCUAAAGCAGUGCAUCGAGCUGGAGCAGCAGUUCGACUUUCUGAAGGACCUGGUGGCGGCAGUGCCGGACAUGCAGGGGGAGGCCGAGGACAACCACACAGAGGGGGGCGAGAAGGUCCCGCGCAGAGGCCGAAAGCCGGGCCGGAAGAACGGAGGCGGCGGCACCAAGGGGAAGGACAAGAAGCAGUCGGGGACGGAGUCCGAGCAAGAGGACGACUCGGAGGACAGCGAGAUGGACGGGGAGGAGGAGGAUGAUGGGUCACGGUCCAGCUCCAACAUGCAGCCCGCUUCCCGUUUCCAGAGCUCUGGCGUCAGCCCGGACGUGCACCCGCAGUACCUGCACACGGUCAGCGGGCAGGGCGGCCUGGCCAUGUCUCUGGGGUCCUUCGCCCCGCACCCCUCCCUGAUGGGGUCCACGCCGCCCCCGCCCGCCCCCCCGCCUCACAACGAUGACAAUGACGACGAAGACUAUGACUCAUAGCUCCCCCCCCCCCCUCCCCCGCCCCACGCUGUUUUACACUUUACGUUGGUUGUUUUAAUUUGACUGCAUUCGGACCGUGGGAGGAGGCGGAGCCUACACCACCGGGAGAGAAGGAGGCGUGGCCAGACAUCGCCAUCGCCAGUGAAUAAUAGUUUGUAUAUUAUGUGUUUUACCAUUCUUGAUUUAUUUUUUUAUGUUUAUUUUUUGGGGAGGGGGGGUACACUACAUUACAAUGGUCUUGCACUUGCAGCGACAUGUGCGGCUACUAUGUUAGUAUCAUGUAUGCAUGUGUGUACUCUAUGUAGAACCCUGAGCGCAGUUUAAUUGCACAUGGAAUUGCAUAGUACUCGGGUGGUCCCUGCACAUGUACUUCAGGCUUAGGGCCAAUGUAAUGUAGUGCGAUCAUUUUUAAAAAGAAUUUGUUUUUGUGGAGAAAAAUUGAUCUGAGUUUUUUUUUUUUUUAUGUUCCUUUCAAACUCGCCCUCUUUCUCCAGUAAUGUCGGCUAGGCGUUUCAGAAAAGUAAAAGGGCUCUGGUACUGUAUGGACUGGGUGGGAUUUGAGGGCUUCCGGAAAGAGUUCCUCUCUUGGUUGCCUAGGUUGCAGGUGACCAGUGAAACAUCCUCAGUACAGUUAUGCUCCAACCUUCUCAGAGAGAUGCGGGCGACCAGCUCACCUGCUUCUGUGCAGCCUCAGAGCUUCAGGUGUCUGGUUUCCUUUUUCUUUUUUUUUUUUUUUUUUUUUAUAGAAAUAGUUCUCCUUUAAUGCUGUAGAUUGGCCACCACCCAUGAAAUGCGACUGUUCAGGACAUUUUUUUUAGGGGGAACGGCAGAGAAGGGGAGCGGUCACCUUGUGGCAGGUCACAACUCUGGCAAUCUACGAUCGAAGACCUUUCCCAUUUUCCUUUUGUGUCAUGUUUUAUAAAUGAGAAGUGACGUUGUCACCACAGAGCAGUCUUUAGUAGUGUAGUUUGCCUUCAUUGGUAGCAUUUGUUUUUUUUAGUAUUGAUUCCCCCCCCCCCCUUAUUUUAAAAUAUUUCCACCCACGUGUGCACCAUUGGGGCCAUCGAGAUAAAAGUGUACAUUUUCAUCAGAUGUUACGUUCAAAAGGAAUUACAGGUGUACCUUUCCGUAUUAAAUCAGUGCCAUGUAGUCCUAUGCCCCGCCCCCUCCCCCCCCCCACACCCAACGAAGACUCACCAAGUGAGUCCCAUCUCAUUUGCUUGGGUGUCCACACAGCACUGUGUGCUUACAUGGCCCAGCUGCUAUGACGAUGGCAGAAGCUGCAUUACGGUUGGACAGAGGGCGUUUGAUGCAGUUGACAGGUGCAGUGCAUUGGCCCAGAAACUGCUUGGCCCACUCACAGUAAUUACGCAAUGUUGCAUUGUGUUUUUAAAGCAGUAUAUUCCAAUAUAUAUAAAAAAAGGGAAUAGAACUGGCACACGGUUCUUAUUUUUGACAUUAUUUGCAAACUUUUUAGUUUUCACUGAGAGGAAUGAUUACUGAAAUCAAGGUUUUUUUGUUUUGCAGAAUUCAGAACUAUCCACCACCUUCCACCUCCCCUCCCCCUCUUGCUUCCUACCCCAAUCAUGUUGGUGUAAUAGUUUUCUCCUUAGUAUAAAUAUUCUUUUUCCCCCCGUUUAUUUUAAGCUGUUUUAAUGUAUAAAGUGAGAAACUGUGGAGCAGAUCCCAUUUUUGCUUCACAUCUAAAUGUUUAAUGAGAGGCGAGUGAAUUUGGUGUUUGUAAACUUUUAACAUCUUUUUUUUAUUUUGUAUGAGUGAAAUAAAGUUCAAGUUUCAGUAUA